AUGAUUCCGACAAACACUAACAGCAAUCAUCCAACCAACAAGAAACCAUCAUCGUCGUCUUCAAAACGCUCAAAACCUUCAUACUUUCCAAACAAGGACAAGCAAUUUCGUUCUCCUCCCGUCAAUCACAACUCAUCUUCCGAUAGAAUUGUUCAAAAUGUGGAAUUGUCUGAUGAAGAUUUGAAGAAGUUUCUCUUGGAUGGAUAUCUUGUGAUAAAACCACAAGAACUUGCUUUGAGUCCACAAUGGCAUUCGGAAUUAUGUCAAUACGGAUCUGAAAUUUUUCAUGAAGAAGGAAAUUGUGGAAAUAACAUACUUGCCAAAAUUCCACAAUUGAAUGAAAUCUUCGAGGAUGAUCGUGUGAAAAACGUUUUGACUAGAAUUCUAGGAAAAAAUUACAUUAUGCAAAGUCACAGAUUUUGGCAUUACACACAAGAAGGACAAUUAGAUCAACAAUGGCACAAAGAUUCCUUCUUUGGAAAUAACAAACCUCUAAGACAUCAUCAAUUGAGACAUGUCAUGCUCAUGUACUAUCCUCAAAAAACAACGAUCCCAAUGGGACCUACUGCUCUUCGAAAAGGUACACAAUACACGUGUAUUGAUCCAAAACGUUAUUCAGGAAAUUUAGCCAAUGAAUUUUGUCAAAAACCUUGGAGAAAGGAUUCAGAUGUUUUCAUGGAAUGUGAAGCUGGAUCUCUAUUACUCAUUCACUAUGAUUUAAUUCACAGAGGAAGUGCAAAUGAAGCUAGAGAUCGUCAAAUGUUUAAAUUUCAAUUUUCAAGGGUAGUGGACCCUCAACGAGACGAUUCCUUACUCAACAAAGUGAUCAAUACGUCAUUUGAAGAUGUUAAAAUUGAGGGUCGAGAAAACAUGGAAAACGAACCUCAAUACAUGGUGGCCAAAUCCAUUUGGAAUUGGAUGCAUAACAUUCCCUUCCAAGUAGAAGAAAAAGUCACUACCAUCACAGAAAACGAACUCGAAGAUGUUCAUGAAUUGAAUCGAAUUGAUUUCUGCUAUCGAUUGGGUUUGUCUGGUCAAUACAAUACUCUCUUGAAACGUAUGGAUCAUGUCAAUGAACAAUUUGCUUAUAAUGCUGCCCAUGGCAUGAUUGCCUGUCGUCAUGCGAAUGCUGUAAAGGCUCUCACUUCAAAACUCAUGAAUAAGAGCAACCAUACGAUCAAUAGCCAACACUUCACCUAUGUUGCCCUGUUUGUCCUUUCAGAAUGGGGUCCUCUCGUUGUCGAGAGUCUCGAUGAGAAAACACUCAAUGAAUUGCUUCAGUAUUUGAACAAGUCUCGCUUCUCAAGCAUGUUUUCACGAAUCUAUUCUGCAGAGGCUCUCGGUAAUAUGUUCUGUAACUACUAUGGAAAACACAACAAGGACCAACACCAACACGAUGAUGACGAUUCAAAGGUUCAACUUGCACUUCAAACUCUCUGCCAGUACUUGGAGAAUGAUCCAGAACCUCAAGUACGAUUUUGGAGUGCUCUCUCGAUAGCAAAGAUUGGAAAAGCAGCUGCUUGUGCAACAGUCAUUGCCUCUCUACAGAAGGCUUUGAAGAAUGAUACCAAUCGUUAUGUGAUUGGCUUUGCAUUGGAAGCUUUGGAAAAACUGGACAGCCCAGAGGCCUUGAAGAUACUCAUUGGAUAUUUGAAGACUUCUCGAUGGUGUUAUUUGACUCACAAGAAUUCAUUGUUUUGA